UUAUGGAAAAAUGCUUGAAGCUUCAUCACCUUUAAACAAGCAAGAAGAAUCCAAAGCAUCAAAAACGGCAGAGAAACUGUUCAAGCAGUUCUGCAAAUCCCUUGGGCCACAUUUCUGCAUCACCUUAAAGUUCUGCAACCUCAGGUCCAGACCAUAUCUGAAUAUUCCAUUUAGAUUCCUAACAUCACACAAACUAGAGAGAAAGAGCAGGGUGAUCUUGAUCGAUCCCAAGGGUCGUUCAUCGCUGGUGAGAAUUACGAUCAAGAAGCGGCGACCGAUUAUCCAAUGCUGUUUCAGCAUGGGCUGGCAUGAGUUCUGCCUGCGAAACCACUUGUCGGCGGGUGACAAAUGCAUCUUCGAGAUCAAAUCGGAGCAAGCAGACGCCUACAUUGUGCAUGUUCAUAUUAUAAGAGAAUGAGGUCGGGAUGAAGUGUCUGGAUGAAUCCUUGUUUUUCAUCUCUCUUUUGUUGCAAUGUUGUGUUUUGGUUUUGGUGAGAUGGGAGGAGGUUGUAAGAGCAGAUAUGUUUUGUUGAAUGAAAAGGACUGAAGCUGCUGUUAGAUUUGUAAGAUGUUUUGAGGGAGGAGAAGUUGGUGGAAGGUUGGUUUUGUGAAAUUUUGUGCUGGUCCCUGAGGUUUGAUUUGUUAGUUGUUACAAUGAAGUUAAUUGUUCAUAUAAUCAGCUCAGUUUGGAAUGGCUUUGCUUUAAAAAAAAUGGAAGAUUUACAUACAUAUAACUCAAUACCUAUGUAUUU